AUGAGCGAAAGAUUGAUUGUUACACAGAUUGUACUUGAAAAUUUCAAGUCUUACUAUGGUAGACAAAUAGUAGGACCAUUUAACAAUCAACUUACUUGUAUUGUUGGUCCUAACGGAUCCGGAAAAUCAAAUCUUAUCGACGCUCUUCUUUUUGUAUUUGGAUUCAGAGCAAAAAGAAUGCGCCAUUCAAAAUUAACUGGUCUCAUAUAUAAUGGACCAGAUCAUCCAAACAUUUCAUAUGCUCGAGUUGAAGUUCACUUUGCAAAAGCAAUAAAUAAUGAAGAAAUCGCAGGGUCAUCGUUUUUAAUAUCACGUCAAGUCGAAAAAAGUGGUGAAUCAAAUUACUAUCUUAACAAUAAGAAAUCAUCCUUUACUGAGAUUACAGAAUAUCUUAAACAUGAAAAAUUAGACUUCGAACAUAAUAGAUUUUUAAUCUUACAGGGUGAGGUUCAAGCAAUUUCACAAAUGAAACCAAAAUCUUCACCAAAUGGUCCAACAGGAUUCCUAGAAUACAUUGAAGAUAUAAUUGGAUCAGAUAAAUACAUUGAACCUAUCGCAGAAUGUGAAUCUCGUCUUGAGGAAGCAAAUGGUGAAAGAUCACUUACUCUUGAUAGACUUAGGAUGGCAGAAAGAGAAAGAGAUGCAUUAAAAGAAGCUAAAGAUGAAGCAGAUCUAUAUUUACAGUUGAAACAGAAGAUAAAGGUACUCGAAGCUCAUUCCUAUUUCUCAAAUAAGAAUAAAAUAGAAGAAAUGAUCAAAGAAAAGGAACAAGAAAUGACAUCUAAGAAGACAGAAUUGGAUGAGAAGGAAAAUCAGCUUAAAGAAUUAGAUUCAAAAUUUAAUGGUGAAAAAUCAGAUAAAAAGAGGUUAGAAACAGAGCUAAAUAAUGCAAAGGCACAGCUUUCCAAAGAGUCAUCAAUUCUUUCCAACUUAAACUCUGAAAGAAACAAGAGCAAAAUGGAAAUUUCUCAUAUUAAUUCUCUUAUUUCUAAAACAGAAGACGAAAAAAAGAAAGCAGAAACGACUUUAUCUGCAAUGGAUACAAUCAUAGAAAAUGAGUCUAAUAUUAAAACACAGAAUGAACAAGAACUAAAGGAUAAUAAAAUCAAACUCGACGAAGAGAAAAUUAAACUUCAAAAACUUAGUGAUGAAGCAAGACAAGAAUCAUUAUCUUUCAAUGAAGAAUUGGAGAAUUUGAGAAAACAAAAUUCAGUUAAAAACGAAGAAUAUCUUGAGUUACAAAAAACAAUGUCAAUCGCAGAAUCUCAAGUAUAUUCUAUGAAGAAGGCUUCUAUCGAUCAUGAUGGUAAUCUUAAAAAAGCUCAAGAGUUAUUUGUCGAAUUACAAAACUCAAAAGAAAAGAUUGAAGCUGAAUUGCAACAAAAAAUAGUGGAUAAUGAUGAAAGAGUUAAAGUCAAAGAAAACUUAACACUCAGAUUAAAUGAGUUACAGAAUGAUAUAGAAAGCGCUGCAGAUAACAGAAGGAGAUCGGGAAAUGCAUAUGCUGAUGCACAAAGAUUGAUGAAGAAAAACGCGUCUUCAAAUGAAGCUUUGGAUGCAAUAAUGUCAUUAAACAUACCAGGAGUUUAUGGAAAGCUUGCAAAACUUGGAGAAAUUGAUAGAAAAUAUAAUGCAGCCAUGACAGCAGCUGCAGGCAACAAACUUAAAUACAUAGUUGUUGAUAAUAUGGACAUUGCACAACAAUGUUUAGCCGAAAUCAAAAGAAGAAGACUUGGAAGAGUUACAUUUAUUUCAUUAGACAAAGUUUCUGUUCCAGAAGAUAUUGAUAUUCCUGCAGGAUCAAAAAGGAUCAUCGACAAGGUUAGGAUGAACGAUCCAAAGUUCUUCCCUGCUUUCUUCUUUGCUGUCAAAAACACUUUGGUUGCCGAUGAUAUCGAAAUAGCAAAGAAAUUGGCAUACAACUCUGAACAAAGACAAAGAGUUGUUACACUUCAAGGUCAAUUAAUAGAACCGGCUGGAACUAUGUCUGGUGGAGGAACAAGACAGAAAGAAGGUGGAAUGGACUUAAUUAGCGAAAGAGAACUUCAAGAAUUGGCUGAAGAAAGUAAGAAAUAUGAUGAAAUUUAUCGAUCAAUGAGGAGUGAAAUUGAAGAGAAAAGGAUUAAAUUAAAUGAAAUUCAAAAAUUAAAUGUUGAGUUUGAAAUACAAAAACUUCAAAUGGAUAAAGAAAACAUCGAAACAAGAUUGACUGAUGUCCAAAAAACAAUUUCAGAUUUAGAAAAUGAAGAAUUAAUCGACAAUUCAGAGAAAAUAAACGAAUUAGAAAAGGUUAUUGAAGAAAAGAAACCAUUAAUUGACCAUUUACGUCAAGAAAUCGACUCUUUAUCUUGUAAGAUAAGAGAAAUAGAGAAAACUGUCUUUGAUCUUCUCAGAAAUAAAACAAGUGAUCAAGAAAGGAUCAUCAAAGAAUUAGAAAAUAAAAUAUCAGAAAACAGAAGAUUAUUAGCUAAAAGUAGCGCCAAAGUUCAGAGCUCUAUUAAAAUGAAAGAAAAUGCAGAGAAUACAAUCAAAGAAUGUGAAUCAAAUAUCGAGAAACAUAAAGAAAGACUUUCAGAAAACGAGCAAAAAUCAAUCGAAUUAGAAAAGAGAUAUGAGGAGCAAAAGAAAAUCAAAGAAGAAAGCGAAGCAGAUGUUUCUCUCAAAGAAGAAAAUCUUAAGAAAUACAUAGAAGAAUCAACAGAAUACAGAAGACAAAGAUCUGAAAUUACAGUUUCAAUCGAUAGUCUAAAGAUAUAUUAUGAGACCGCACAGAACGCAUUAAGAGAUCUUUCACGCCAAUAUGAAUAUUACUCGCAGAAAUUGUCAAAAAGUGGAGUUACUGAUGAAUCAUUUGACAAGAAUCUAUCAGAGACGGAUAUAGAAAUAGAAAAGGAAAACAUUAAACAAAGGGUUGGAAAAAUGGAUCCAAACCUUUCAGUCAUUGAAGAAUAUGCAGCAAAAGAUGCAAUUGUAAAAGAAUGCCUUGAAAUAUUUAAGAAUGCAGCUGAGCAGAGGAAUAAUAUAGCUGAAGAACUUGCAAAGGUUAAAAAAGCAAGAUUAGAUAUGUUCCUUCAUGGAUUUGCAGAGAUACAAACAUCAUUGAGAGAAACUUACCAGAGAAUAGCUUUAGGAGGCGAUGCUAUGAUAGAGAUUGUUGAUAGCUUAGAUCCAUUUGGACAAGGUAUUGUAUUCUCUGUUAGACCUCCAGGAAAGUCUUGGAAACCAAUUAUAAAUCUUAGCGGCGGAGAAAAAACUUUGGCAAGUUUAUCUCUCAUUUUUGCACUCCAUAAUUUCAAACCAACUCCUUUCUAUAUUAUGGAUGAAAUAGAUGCUGCCCUUGAUUUCAGAAAUGUCUCCAUCAUUGCAAACUUCUUGAAGGAGAGAACUGCAGAUGCACAAUUCAUUGUCGUGACAUUAAGAAAUAACAUGUUUGAAAUUGCAGAUAGACUUGUUGGUAUCUUUAAAGUCAGAGAUUGCACAUCAACAAUAUCUCUUGAACCUUCAUUAUUCAGCAACUCAGGUAUAACUGUAUAA